AUGGCAUCAGUCAAGCUCACCUACAACACCUGGCGUGCGCCGAGACUGACCCGACUGCUGCAGCAUCGCGGCAAUCAACUUGGACAUGCAGAGUAUGGUAUUCCUGCUGGCUGCGGGGUGGCUGACAUAGCCAUUAAAGUGCACGCCGUCGAGCAGUACGAUUAUUAUGUGGCACUCCAUCCCUUAGUUGACUUCGCCAGCUACAUUGACGACUCGAGCAUGGGAGUCGAACGUGCAGACCGAUCUUCAGUCAUCUCCCUUGCGGUCGAAGCUGGCAAGGGUUUCUUGGAGACGGCUGCAGCACUGGGGGCCACUAUCAAUGAGAAGUUCGCAGUUCUCGCCAACGCGCGGGAACUGGCGGAGGAAGUUGCUACCAAGCUCGGCUUUUCGGCAGACAAGGCAGUCACAACGGCCACCUAUCUUGGGAUCAGGCUGCAGGCAGAAACACGAGCGAAGAUGUUCAAGCGCAAGGCCAAGCACCGACAACGACUUCGUAAGCUAAGACGGUAUAAGAGGGCCUUGCCUGAGCUAAAAGAGCAAAGGAUUGGCAAAGUUUUUCGCGCUGGCGCCAGGCCUGCGCUAACUUGCGGAGUGGAGAUCUUGGGACUUGACAAUGCUGAGUUAUUGCAGCUGCGUCGUGAUUACUGCAGGCAGGUGCUCAAGUCAUGGUGGGACAAGGCUUUACUCCACCUUGAUAUUGCAGCACUGGAAUGGAAGGAUACGCGAGGCUGCUUCACCUACGCGGACAGCGACAUCCCAGAGCUCGAUCCAGGGGUUGAGGCGCACUUAGUCACUCCAGAAGGUGAAGAUAUAGAUGCAGAACCUGAACAGUUAGCUGAGCAACUUGUACAAGGCGACAGGUUAGAAUUCGCAGUUGAUGGAUCAUGCAGCAAGCCUUCUCUUGUCACUCUUCAGAGAGCUGGGUGGGCUGUGGUGCUGAUGAACCCUACGGCUGACACACCAGUUGCAGUCAUGUACGGCGCGGUGCCGAGAGCCAUGCCCCAGUCGUCAGCAAUGGCGGAGUUCCUGAGCAUGGCGUUAGUCGGGCAGAUCGCCGACAGUCCUUCGACGGUAUAUGCAGAUUUUAUGGCAGUGGUGAAGGCGGCUCUGAAAUCGAAGCAGGAACAGCUGCAGGCCAGGUCAAUGUACUCGUGCGUGCAGUUCUUUGGCCACCAGAUGCGCGGCUAUGAUAACAUCCAGAGCGUCCGCCACGUCAAGGCCCACAAGUCUGGCGAGCAGUACCAGGCGCUCUCGGACGAGGACAGGUCUCCCACGUUCGUCAUGCACCCUGCGAGCAGUCAGUCCACAUUCUCCCCAGACUUCCCCGCCUGCCCCCUUCAACGGACGCAGUGCCACCGCAUGCUCCGGAACCAGUCGGCCAGUCGGCCAGUCGGGGAGCCGGCCGGCGCGGCGCCCGGCGGCUUCCAGAAGCCAGGCGACUGGGUGUGCCCCAACUGCGGGGACAUCGUCUUUGGCAGGAACCCGUCCUGCCGCAAGUGCGGCAACCCCAAGCCCGAGGGCACCUUGGACGUGUUCGGCAACCCCGCGGUCGGCGGGGGUGGAGGACCACCUACGAAGAUGCCAGGCGACUGGCUGUGCGGCGCCUGCGGCGACCACCAGUUUGCGAGGAGCGCCGCC